AUGACGAAUCAUGUAAAUGACAAUGGUGAUGGGUCUGCGAAGAGACAGAAGAUCUCGCAUGAGAAAUUGAAGAAAUCCAUUCUUUUGAACGGAUUCGAUAUGUUCACGCCCAGUCAUCUGAGCUUCGGGCAAUGGCGAAGACCAGAUGAUCGCUCAAAAGAUAAACGAAGGGACCUCACAUACUGGACAAACCUGGCACAAAUACUGGAACGCGGCGACAUUACGGCACUCUUCCUCGCGGACACAUACGGCCAGCAUGAUGUAUACAAGGGUAACGCUGAGCCAACUUUCAGAACGGCGUGUCAAUAUCCAAUGGGAGAUCCCUCAAUUCCAGUCACCGCGAUGGCCGCCGUAACGAAGAACUUGUCCUUCGCAAUCACUACAAGUACAAGCUACGAAUCUCCCUUCGUAGUCGCAAAGCGCUUCUCCACCUUGGAUCACUUAACCAAAGGAAGGUUCGGGUGGAACAUUGUUACCUCGUUCAAGAAGUCAGGCGCGGCCGCGGUUGGCCUGCCGCUGAUUGAACACGACAAACGCUACGAAAUCGCUGAUGACUAUCUUCGAUGCAUGUACAAGAUCUGGGAGAGUUCCUGGGCAGAUGAUGCUCUGAAAGAAGAUGCUGAGAACGAGGUGUAUGUGGACUUUGAACGCGUCCGGUGGAUCCAGCACGAAACGGGGGUAUACAAGAUCAACGCACCUCACGUCCUAGAUCCUUCACCACAGCGUACUCCAUUCUUGUUUCAAGCUGGAACAUCCUCUGCCGGGAUGACGUUCGCUGCAACGCAUGCUGAGGGCGUGUUCGUAUCAGCCCCUUCGCCUCAUAUUCUUGCACCACGAGUAGCCAACAUCAGAAAGGAAGCCGCAGCACUUGGUCGCGACCCGCAGUCUGUGAAGAUCUUCGCUGUCAUUACACCUGUCAUCGGUCGCACGGACGAAGAAGCACAGAUCAAAUACCAAGAAGCGCUCAAAUACGCCAGCGCAGAGGGAGGUCUGGCUUUCUUUUCAUCUAACGCAGGCAUUGAUCUCAGUCAAUACGAUCUCGACAAGGAGAUUACACCUGAAGACGUUAGCGUUGAUGGUCGCGUACAUUCUUUGGUCAACUCACUCAAGUAUCACGGCAAUGACAUACCGGCUUGGACACCUCGUAACAUCGGGAAAGCUGUCAGUCUCGGUGCGAAUGGACCUGUCCCGGUUGGCACUGCAGCAAAAAUUGCUGAUGUCUUGGAGGAGUGGAUGGAGAUUGCAGACCUAGAUGGUUUCAAUGUGGGAUACGUGACAAGCCCUGGUAGUUUUGAGGAUCUGGUUGACCUUCUAGUUCCUGAACUGAGACUAAGAGGAAGGUACCCUGAAAAGGUGGUGGGGGCGACGUUGAGGGAGAGAGUGUUCGGAGUUGGACAGAGCAAGUUGCGAGAUGAUCACGUGGGAAGUACGUAUAAGUAUGAUAAUUAUCAGAGCACAUAA